UAUGGACAGGGUUUUUGAUCAGAAAACCCAACUUUUGGAAAAGAACCCAGCGUCGAGAUGCUGCUCCGGCUGCAGUGCCGCCCUCGACCGCUGCUGGCGCUCUCGAGGAGUUUUGCAGCAGCCCCGGUGAAGCCCGUGGACGAUGCAGUGGCUGCACGUAGGCAGCAGUCCAUUUACUACGCGCGGUUGACGCGUAAGUACCCAGCACAGCUCGGGUCGCUGUCCAUGGAGGCGGUGGACCGAACAGCUCGCUUUUUGACAAAUCGAGGCCUUAACCAGACGCAAGCGCUGCGAGCUAUUUCUCGACAUGUCCUGGUAAGCUUGUAACUUCUAAUACGCUAAUGGUAAAGUGCUGACUUGCAGCUAUGGGGGACACAGAUCACCGGUUACUCGCAGAAAAUGAUGGAAAGCAAGGUACGGAUUAUUCUGCAGAAAUAACAAGGAUGCAAAUGCUCAGUUGCGCGGCUGUGGGGUGACUGAUUGUACAGAUUGAGUGGAUGAGUAACUUGGGUCUCAGCCAUGGCAAGAUCAAUGAUGUUCUUGCACGUCAUCCGGUCAUUUUGGGGUGCUCUUUCGAGAAACUAGAAGCAAUUAUCCAAUGGUUUAUAUCCCACGGAGUGCCAGAGCAAAAAAGUUCGUACCUGAUCAACGUGUUCCCCGAAGUAGCGGCGUUCAGCAUGGCGAAGUUGGACGAGAAAGUUGAUGUUCUUAAAGAACUUGGGUGUAAUGAUGAUCAAGUUGCACGCAUACUGACGAUGGCCCCUCGGGUACUCGGCUAUAGCGUCGAAAAAAUACAAACCAACGUGGAUUAUCUGGAAGAGAUGGGCGUUCCUCCAGAGCACAUCCCAGCCAUUAUGGCUAGAGUGCCUCAGUUUCUUGGUUUGAAGACAUCUCGAAUUAAAGAGACUAUGGACGCGGUGGAAGAAAUGUUUGGUGACGGGGCAGGUGUUAUGGCUCUAGUCGGAAACUCGCGCAUCCUCAUGCACAACAUCAGCGAAAUCCGUCGAGCCUACAACUAUCUGCGCUCAAUCGGCUUCACCAAAGAGCGACUGAAGCAGUGCACAAGGUUUGUUAUGCGCAAUGAGAACCGCAUACUCCGCCCACGUGUAAAGUUCCUGGAGGCGAAAGGAGUGAACGUGGUAGCCAAUUCCUCAUGGAUCUUGAUGCCAGAAGGCCGCUUCAUCGAAAGGUACUCUGACUACGCAGUAUACUUGAUCCAGUACAAGGCGCAGCUAAAGAAGAAGAAGAAGCAAAUGUGAUCUUGUCCUAUCGCUUCAGCGUGCGUUGAUGAUAUUCGAUCACUCGAAGUAAUUUUGAUGUCUAGGAACGUCGUACUUGGUAGUGUCGUUCUCGAUUGUGCGGAAUCAGUGACAUGUCUACCAAGCACGCCCGUUAUUCAUUACAGAAUGUUAUCAGUGCAGAACAUUCUAUAUACCCAAUUUACUUGUCAUACUGCUCACAGUAC